UUAGGGUUUAGUAACUCACAGUAACUGACUGGCCCACAGAGCCCAGGACACACACAGGGCCCUGCCCUCCUGCCCCGACCUGGGAGAGAAUCACCCAAGGACACACCCAGGACAUUUUCUCAGGGCCCUGCAGUACCCAGCUCUGAUGGGUGGUCAUGUUCUGGGUUUGGGGCGUGUGGCGUUGCAGACCCAUCACUGCUCCGUGCUUGGUGCUUCUCUCUUCAUUCCCGUUUCCUGAGUGCACAUAUGUGAUUUAGAGAGAAACGUGCGUCUUUUUCUUUGCUGUUGGACUUUGCGAAGGGAGAGAAUAGAGCUUGCUGAUGGGCGAGUUGGUCCAUCGCCUUUAGGGCUUUGCUGUAAGGCCUCAGCUCUGUGAACGCAGCUGUAGAUGAUGCAGCUGGAUAAAUGGGCCACAUUCCAAUGAAACUUUGUGAAUGACCACCGACAUUUGAAGUCUAUAUAAUUUUCACAUUUCACCAAGUAUUUUUCAUUUGUUUCAACAUUCUUGGCCUGUGGGCCACACAGAAACAGGCAGGGGCUGGGGAACUAGAUGGGGCCCUUGGGCGGCAGUAUGCAGACCCUGCUCUAGAAAAGGGGAGAACGAAGAUGGGAAGGCAGUGGUGGUCCCUGCCACACGUGCAUGCAGCAUCCCUGUACGGAGAGUCUCCCCCGACCCAUCCUCUGCAUGCGGGGCAGUUGGGUCAGGCUGGCUCGUAUCUCCAGGUCUUCAGAGGAGCAGCUGAGCCGUGCCUACCGCCUGCUGAUAGCACAGCUGACCCAGGAACACGCGGAGAUCCGCCUCUCAGCCUUCCAGAUCGUGGACGAACUCUUUGCCAGGUCUCACCAGUUCCGGAUGCUGGUUGUUUCCAACUUCCAGGAGUUCCUGGAGCUCACGCUGGGCACGGAUCCCGCACAGCCUCUGCCACCCCCCAGGGAGGCGGCACAGAGGCUGAGGCAGGCAGCCACCCGGGCCGUGGAAGGGUGGAAUGAGAAGUUCGGGGAGGCCUACAAGAAGCUUGCCUUGGGCUACCACUUCUUAAGACACAACAAAAAGGUGGAUUUUCAAGACACAAAUGCUCGGACUCUGGCAGAAAGAAAGAGAGAAGAAGAGAAGCAGAAGCACUUGGAUAAAAUUUACCAAGAAAGAGCCAGCCAGGCGGAGAGGGAGAUGCAAGAAAUGUCUGGAGAAAUUGAAUCCUGCCUGACGGAGGUAGAGAGCUGCUUUAGGCUGCUGGUGCCUUUUGACUUUGACCCAAACCCGGAGACAGAAUCACUUGGCGUGGCUUCCGGCAUGUCUGAUGCCCUUCACUCCUCCUGCGCGGACCAGGUGGGCCCUUACUGGUCUGGCACCCCUGACCCCUGGGACGGGGAGCAGCCCUGCUGCAGUAGAGACCUGCCUGCCUCUGCAGGCCACCCCAGAGUGGGCGGCAGGGCACAGCCACCCCAGACAGCCACAGAUGACCCCUCAGAUGAGGAUGAGGACAGUGACCUCGAGGAAUUUGUGCGGAGCCACGGGCUUGGCUCACACAAGUACACGCUGGACGUGGAGCUCUGCUCAGAGGGCCCGAAGGUGCAGGAAAAUGAGGACAACCUCGCUGUCGUCCACGCUGCCCGCGACACACUCAAGCUCAUCUGGAACAAGUUCCUGCCGGCCGUGUGCUCGUGGAUCCAGCGCUUCACCCGCGUUGGGACCCACGGUGGAUGUUUAAAGCGCGCCAUUGACCUGAAGGCGGAAUUGGAGCGUGCACUGAGAAAAUACAAGGAGCUGGACAUCGAGCCCAAGGGAGGGCAGAGGCACAGGACGGAAGCCCUGGGGGAUGCGGAGGAAGAUGAGGAUGAUGAGGACUUUGUGGAGGUCCCUGAGAAGGAGGGGUAUGAGCCCCACAUCCCCGACCACCUGCGCUCUGAGUAUGGGCUGGAGGCAACACUAGAGAAAGACACAGCUGUGCGGGGCUUGCGGACAAGGAUGAGGAAAGACGAGGAGGCGUCGGACCCCACGUCUGCGGCUGCUCAGCUGCGGUGGCUCCGGGAACACUUGCCGCCACCCUCGUCUGCCAGCCCCCCCAGAGUGUUGCCAGAGCCACAGGAGGCCCAGAAGCUGGCAGCGGAGCGGGCCCGGGCGCCCGUGGUGCCCUACGGCGUGGACCUGCACUACUGGGGCCAGGAGCUCCCCACAGCUGGGAAGAUCCUCAAAUCUGACUCCGAGCACCGCUUCUGGAAGCCCAGCAAGGUGGAGGAGGAAGUGGUCAAUGCCGACGUUUCCGAGAUGCUCCGGAGCCGCCACAUCACUUUUGCAGGGAGGUUUGAGCCUGUGCAGCACAGGUGUCGUGCCCCGAGGCCAGACGGCCGGCUCUGUGAGCGCCAAGAUCGGCUGAAGUGCCCUUUCCACGGGAAGAUCAUUCCAAGGGACGACGAAGGGAGGCCACUCGACCCGGAGGACAGGGCUCGCGAGCAGCGGCGGCAGCUGCAGAAGCAGGAGCGCCCGGAAUGGCAGGACCCUGAGUUGAUGAGAGAUGUGGAGGCAGCCACAGGGCAGGAUCUUGGCUCGUCCAGGUACAGCGGGAAAGGCAGGGGGAAGAAGAGGAGGUACCCCAGCCUCACCAACCUGAAGGCUCAGGCCGACACUGCCCGCGCUCGCAUCGGGAGAAAAGUCUUCGCCAAAGCAGCUGUGCGGAGGGUCAUGACAGCCAUGAACCAGAUGGACCAGAAGAAGCACGAGAAGUUUUCAAACCAGUUUAACUAUGCACUGAACUAGAGAGCUGGGCCCAGUGCACUGGCCAUUAGCACCUUCUCCCUCUGCCAGUGUCUCAGGACAGCAGAGUGGGCGUGGGUCUGGGCAGUAACCGUGCUUUGGCUAUUACUGUGUUUGAUGUAAAGAAAUGGCACAUUGAAAUGCCCUGAAGGUCUGGCCGUGCUGCUGCGACAGGGUUCGUCGUCAUCUGGUGACGGGUCUGUCCUCGUAGAAGAGGCCCUCGGGCCCGGAGAUGUGAACACAGGCAGCAGCCCUGCUCCAGAGGGCAUCUGCGAGUCCUCGUGAGGCCAGUGCGUGUCGUGGUGCGGGGUUCAGCACUGGCAGCGUGUGCGUGCAGCUCAGCUUUCAGAGCUUGCAUUCCCCAGCUGGGAGGCGACCACUCAGAGGAACUCUGGGAAACCCACUUUUAUGCAAAUGUUGUUUUUAACACAAACACAAAGGCCAGUGAACCGUUCACUCAUCUGCUUUCUGUUCCUGGCUUUUCAUACGACAUGUGGCCUCUUGUGCCUGGCUUCUUGCACUUGGCAUUCUGUUUUCAGGGCUCAUCCAUGGAGUUCCCCUCCGACGCAUAAAAUAAAGGAGGUGAAAACCUGUC